CCCUCGACAUCAGACAACAACUCCACAUAUAUACACAUAAUAUUUUAAUUUGUGUCUGGUCAAAUCUAACACACAUCCACAUAUAUACAUAUUUAAUGUAUGUUGUUGAUUCCUCGUUGGGUAAGCUGAAAUGGAUGAAUUGUUUCUUCCUCUACUCACCCUUCAACACUCCGACGAUCAAUCCUUCAACUCUUCCACAACUUCCCAACAACAGCAAUGCUUAUUCACUCCUGUUUUCAUGGAUAACAAUGAAGACGACUUUUCCUCUUCCUCUUAUAAUCCCCACCACUUCUCUGAUCACUCUCACCACCAAACCCCCAUCGAUCAUCAUUUCUCCUUCUCCCCGGGUCUCGAUCCCGGGUCGGAUUUUUCCGGCGCCGAUAUUCUGCUCCACGCCGCCAGAGCCGUAGCCGACAAGAACGCCCCGCGCGUGAGGCAGUUAAUAUGGGUGCUCAACGAGAUCAGCUCUCCGUACGGCGACACCGAUCAGAAGCUGGCGUAUUACUUCCUCCAGGCCCUUUUUAGCCGCGUAACGGAUUCCGGCAAGCGGAAUUGCCGGAAGUCGGCGUCGGCGUCGGAGAGGAAUUGCUCGUUCGAGUCGACGAGGAAGACGGCGCUGAAAUUCCAGGAGGUGAGCCCGUGGGCCACGUUCGGCCACGUUGCGUGUAACGGAGCGAUCAUGGACGCCGUUGACGGUGAAUCCAAGAUUCAUAUAGUUGAUAUAAGCAACACUUUUUGCACGCAGUGGCCUACUUUUCUUGAAUCGCUCGCUACCCGAACUGACGACCCGCCUCGUCUACGGCUCACCACGGUGGUGGUCCGGAAACCCGGCGGCGGUGGUGGGCCGCCUCCGGCGGUCCAGACAGUGAUGGAAGAGAUUGGGAGUAGGAUGGAGAAGUUUGCUAGACUUAUGGGUGUGCCCUUUAAGUUCAACGUUGUAUAUCAUACAGGUGAUCUAUCUGAAUUCGAUAUUCUUGCAUUGGAUGUGGAAGAAGAUGAAGCAUUGGCAAUAAACUGCGUGGGGGCGUUACAUUCCGUCCCCAACAGCCGGCGGGGCCACUUGAUAUCAACUUUCCGGCGAUUAAAGCCGAGGGUUUUGACGGUGGUGGAGGAGGAGGCUAAUCUUGACGUGGGCGUUGAUGGGUCCGAAUUUUUAACCGGUUUUCAAGAAUGUUUGAGGUGGUUUAGGGUUUAUUUCGAGUGUUUAGAGGAAAGUUUCCCGAAAACGAGCAACGAGCGUUUGAUGUUGGAGCGGCAGGCCGGACGGGCGAUAGUCGACCUAGUGGCGUGCCCGCCGUCAGAGUCGGUGGAGCGACGCGAGACGGCGGCGCGUUGGUCACACCGCCUCCAUGCAGGGGGGUUCAGCCCCGCUUCAUACGGUGAUGAAGUGUGCGAUGACGUACGCGCCCUUUUGAGGAGGUACAGAGAAGGAUGGUCAAUGGGACAGUGUUCCGGGGAAUCUUCGGCCGGAAUAUUCUUGUCCUGGAAGAAUCAGCCGGUGGUGUGGGCUAGUGUGUGGAAGCCGGAAUUGAGCGACGGCGAUGGCCGGUGAUCAUCACCCUAUUUUGCCAUAUAAACGUCACCAUCCAAAA